GAAGAUGGCGGCGGCGGCGGGGCGCGGGCUGCUGGCGGCGGGGCUGUUCCGCGGGCGGGUCGCCAUCGUCACCGGCGGCGGCACCGGCAUCGGCAAGGCCAUCGCCGCCGACCUGCUGGCGCUAGGCUGCAGUGUUGUUAUUGCCUCUCGUAAAUUUGACCGAUUAAAAGCUGCUGCAGAAGAGCUGAAUAAUAGAUUUGCUUCCAUGAGUCCUGCCCAAGUGAUUCCCAUAGAGUGCAAUAUCCGCAAAGAAGAAGAGGUGGAAGCUUUGGUGAAGUCUACACUGAGUCUGCAUGGGAAGAUUGACUUCCUGGUGAAUAAUGGAGGGGGCCAGUUUACAAGUCCUGCUGAAGCCAUCCGUGCAAAAGGCUGGAAUGCCGUGAUAGACACAAACCUGACAGGGACUUUCUAUUGUUGCAAAGCAGUGUACAAUGCCUGGAUGCAGGAUCAUGGAGGAGCCAUUGUCAACAUUACUGCUGCUGUGAGAAAUGGCUUUCCUGGAAUGUCGCACUCAGGAGCUGCAAGAGCUGCAGUGAAUAACUUAACCAAGACUUUAGCUUUAGAAUGGGCUCACAGUGGAGUGAGAAUCAACAGCGUUGCUCCCGGGCUGGUAUUUUCAGAAACUGCUGUUGCAAACUAUGGAGAACAAGGUGUAAUGAUGUGGUUCAAGAGCAUACCAAAGGUUCCUGCCAAGAGGUCGGCUGUUCCUGAGGAGAUCUCUCCUGCAGUAUGUUUCCUGCUGUCUCCAGCUGCAUCAUUCAUAACUGGGAUAACCAUGGUCGUGGAUGGUGGCCAGAGUUUGUAUGGCCAUGCCCUAGAAAUACCUGAUCAUGACAGAUGGCCCUUACCACCAGAAGGAAAAAAUUCUGAAAUGCUGAAAAAGCUUCUUUCUGGCGAGUUCAAACCAAAGCUGUAAAAGAAAGAUUUUUACCUUGUUCCCUGUUGCACCCUUGCUGAUAAUCUCACUUUGUGAUUUGGCCUUACUAUUCUCAGUAAUAAUUUUUUUAGGCUCAUAUGUAACUACAUUAAGUGCCUUGAUUUUGUUGGUUUAUAUUUAAAACUUUUGAACGGCUUUGAAAACACUCACCCUGAAAACAUUCAGUCUUUUGGGAAGGGAAAAGAUACAAAAGACAGAUUAUCCAUUUGCACGGGCAUUAAGUAAUGAAGAAUCUCAACCAGAAGUGAAUAAAAACAAUACCUAUUUUGCAGUGAAGGUACCCAAGAGGGAAUGUUUAGGAAUCCUUUUGUUCACCAUGAAUUUACAGAAAAGGUCAUUUAAAUCUUUUACUAUUAGUUGCAUCAGUAACCCUUGGGUAAGUGUUAGCUCUACACGGUUUCUCUUCAGCCACAUACUGAGCGCUCAACAAUGGUUUUAAAGACUAAGUAGAGUAAGAAUUUCCCUGAAAAUAAAUAAAAAGGUGGAAUACUGUUAUUAAUGUUUCAAACUAAUUUGGUAUAUCAUAUUUGGAAUGCUUGCAGAUAUGACAUAAUGGAGUUAAGCUGGCUGCAACUUGAAUUUGAUAACAGAAUAAGCAGAUAAUAAAUGCAAUGAUGGAAAGCAGUAAAGAUUCAACAAUUUAACAUGCAAAAUCUGUGUAUAUUGCACUGCUUUCUGCAGCAUGCUGCACUAGUAAAGGAGAAAUUUGGAGCUUUUCAUUUGCCAGCUAAAAUAUCUUUUAUCCAUACUGCGUUGUCUUACAAUGUUAACAGAAUUUUGUUCAUUACUGUAUUUAGGUGUGGUUUUUGUGAACAAUGCAGAGAUGCCAUUUAAAAACCAGAAAUCGUAUAAUACAUCACUCGAAGAGGCUUAUUUGUAAAUUUUUUACUCACUUUAAGGCAAAUGUUCCCAUGUCUGCUAACUUUAGGGAAAAUAUAAAAAAUAAGUAAUGGCUGUGUUUGUUUGCUGUAAAAACUGAAAUUCCUGGAACCAAGUUGCUGCUAUUGAAGGGAACUUUUAAUACUUCAUUUUGGACUGAAUGUAAGAGUCUGAUGAUUGUUUGUUCUCUGCAAAGGUAUUUGACGUUUGUGUCUUUCAGUAAAUUAUGUGCUCUUAUAUAGGUACAUGUAGAUUGCUUUUUCAUGAAAAUUAAAUGAAUGCAAGUUUUUGGGUGAAGGAGGA